GAGAGAGAGAGAGAGAGAGAGAGCUAGAGAGAUAUGUCUCUCUCUCUCUCCUCUUUGGUUUGGUUUGGUUUGCUGUUAAUGUUUUUGUUAGUGUUUGUUCUCAUUCUUCUUCCAACUUAGAAAGAAAAAAAAAAGCUUUACUUUUUGUGAUAUUUGUUUGCAUUUGAAGAGGAUAAAGAGAAAAAAGAAAAGGAAAAAGAAAAAAAAGAAGACAAAUUUAUUUUCAUUCUUGAAGUUGAAGCUUAGAAGAGCAAACUCUCGAUCUGAGCUGAGACUCGAGAUUUUGUCUUUUAAGCUUCUUUGAUUUUUGAUUCCUUUCUUUCUCUCUUUUUGUUUAUUUCUAUGAGCUUGUGAUAAAUUCAUCAGAUGGACCGAAGUGGUGGAAGAAGGUCUUCUUCUAAUGCUCAAAGGGGUUUUCGAGUUCAAGCUCCAUUGGUGGAUUCUGUAUCAUGUUAUUGCAAAGUAGACACGGGAUUAAAAACAGUUGCAGGGGCAAGAAAGUUUGUCCCGGGAUCAAAACUUUGCAUCCAGCCGGAUAUCAAUCCUAAUGCACACAAGGGAAAAACUUCACGAAGAGAAAGAAGCCGAUUCCAGGCGCCUCUCCUGCCAGGCUUACCCGAUGAUCUUGCAAUUGCUUGUCUAAUCAGAGUCCCUCGCGUUGAGCAUAGAAAGCUUCGUCAGGUUUGCAAGAGAUGGUACCGCCUCUUGGCUGGAAACUUCUUUUAUUCUCUAAGGAAAAGUCUUGGAAUGGCAGAAGAGUGGGUUUACGUGAUUAAAAGAGACCGUGAUGGGAGGAGGAUCUCGUGGCAUGCUUAUGAUCCCACUUACCAUAUCUGGCAGCCACUUCCACCUGUACCUGGAGAGUAUUCUGAAGCACUCGGGUUUGGCUGUGCUGUUCUUAGUGGUUGCCAUCUAUACUUAUUUGGAGGAAAAGAUCCAAUCAAGGGAUCCAUGAGGCGAGUUAUUUUCUAUAGCGCUCGAACAAACAAAUGGCAUAGGGCACCGGACAUGCUUCGUAAACGUCAUUUUUUUGGUGCUUGUGUCAUCAACAACUGCCUAUACGUUGCUGGUGGGGAGUGUGAAGGAAUCCAAAGGACUCUUCGUUCGGCCGAAGUUUAUGACCCUAACCGAAACAGGUGGAACUUUAUAUCAGACAUGAGCACUGCUAUGGUGCCUUUUAUUGGGGUUGUUCAUAAUGGAAUGUGGUUCCUCAAAGGUCUAGGUAACCAUCGCGAGGUAAUGAGCGAAGCGUACUCUCCUGAAACCAACACCUGGACCACGAUCAGCGAUGGCAUGGUUGCUGGUUGGCGCAACCCGUGUAUCUCCAUGAAUGGGCAACUCUAUGCGUUGGAUUGCCAAGAUGGAUGCAAGCUUAGGAUUUAUGAUAGAUCCACAGACUCAUGGAACAGAUUUAUCGAUAGCAAGCUCCAUCUAGGCAACUCGCGUGCACUGGAGGCUGCUGCGCUCGUUGCCCUGAAUGGGAAGCUUUGCAUAAUCCGUAAUAACAUGAGCAUCAGUAUAGUGGAUGUCUCCAGCCCAGAUAAACAUGUCGAAAGCAACCCCCAACUGUGGGAAAAUAUUGCUGGGAGAGGUCAUUUUAGGACUCUAGUAACUAAUUUGUGGUCGAGUAUAGCCGGUCGAAGUGGCUUGAAGAGUCACAUCCUCCACUGUCAAGUGCUGCAAGCAUGACGGCUGCAAUUGCACGCGUUGGCGUCUGGAGAUUUCAUAUGAAGCGGUUCGAUGGUCUUCAUGCAUUUCCGAGGUGAGGAAUGAUUUUGUCUGUUUGUUUUAGCAACAAAAUAUUAUGUGGUUCUUGGUUUCGGCAACGGAACUACGAGGUUAUUUGUUUACAUUCAUGAAAAAAAAGGAAAUAUCAGUAGAUACAUGUAAAUCCUUGUUACUGGGAAUUAGGUUGAUCUUUCUUUUGCUGUUGGUUUCUCUGUUGGUAGAAUGUAAUCCUUAGAUCUGCUUUGUGAAUAUACAUGAUCAUUAGAGAUCAUUCAAUAUAUACUUAGGUUUCAUCUCUGCUUAUGAAUCUAAUUUAUGUUUCAUGUAUUGUUAUUAUCAGAAGUGAAAAUCAUUGUAUUGUAUUGUUCUUUUCCAAUAAUGAGUUGAUCAGUAGGUACUUACUUA